UCAAAAUUAUUUUGUUUACAUUUUUUCUACUGCAAAUAAACUUAUUUGCAAUUAUUCUUAUUAAUCAAAAUUAUAAUAAAAUUUCACCAUGCUCCAGCCAGCAAAAUUAAAAUUUACCAAUCCUCUCUACGGACAACUAAUAGUUGGACCUCCCGGCAGUGGUAAAACCACCUAUUGUCAAAAUGCUUUUAAAUUCUAUCAAGAGCUAGGACGCAAUGUUGGCAUUGUCAAUCUAGAUCCGGCAAAUGAAAAUAUGGAAUACACGGCCAAUCUAGAUGUCAUGGAAUUAAUAACUGUACAGGAUGUUAUGGACAAUAUGCACUUGGGGCCCAAUGGUGCCCUAAUGUAUUGUGCAGAAUUUUUGGAGGAACAUUUAGAUGACUGGCUAUUGCCAAAUUUACGAAAACAAUCCGCCACCUGUAAUUAUUUCUUCUUUGACUGUCCCGGUCAGGUGGAAUUAUAUACACAUCAUGCUUCUAUGUCAAAAAUAUUCGAAAGAUUAGAAAAAGAAGGUUACCAUUUGGUCACUAUUAAUCUAAUAGAUUCUCAUUAUUGUUCUGAGCCGGCUAAAUUUGUUUCCACUCUUUUGCUGGCCUUAAAUAUGAUGCUGCGCAUGGGAUUGCCUCAUGUCAAUGUUCUAUCAAAGGCCGAUUUGCUGAAGAAACAUGAAGAUAAAUUACAUUUUAAUUUGGAUUUCUAUACAGAUGUUUUGGAUUUGAAAUAUCUACUGGAAGCUUUGGAUGAUACAGUGGCUUUAAAGAAAUAUAAGAAACUAAAUGCAGCCAUUUGUUCUAUGGUGGAAGAUUAUGCCUUGGUGUCUUUUCAAUUAUUGGAUUCACGUAACACCCAAAGUAUGCUGCGCUUGCGCAAUCACAUAGACAAGGCUAAUGGUUAUAUUUAUAAGGCGGGUGAGGAACAAAGUGUUAAUGCUUUAAUGGCCUGUGCAGUGGGUGCGGAAUCAGAGGCUUCGCGGCAAUCUAAAGAUAUAGAUCCUUAUGUGUAGUUUAAGAAAUAAAUGAGAUUUUUGUAAAAAGAAAA